CGAAAUGUUGCUUUACAAGGUUAUAUAACCUCACUGUAUUUCACAACAUAACCUAAAAAUGCUGCUGACAUGACAAGAUAACAAAACUACAAAAAUCAAAAUGGGAAGAAAUAUCCUCAAAAGUAGCGUCCAAAACGCUUCCUUUAGUAUAAUAUUUCAAAUACUUUUUCGAUGCAUUACUUUUGUACUUAAUGCAUUUAUUAUUCGAACUGUAGGCCAGGAAGUUUUAGGAAUAAUGAAUGUAAGACUUCUGCUCCUGGAGUCAACCAUCCUAUUUCUCUCCAAGGAGCCCAUAAUGAAAGCUUGUUUGACGGACACAAAGUCGCACAAUUGGGCACAAGUGAUUAAUCAAAUUUGGCUUUCGGUCCCCAUGACUGCGAUUUUAAGUCUAGGGUUGGUCUACACAUGGAUCAAUAUUUUAAGUCCCACUGAUGAAAUUUAUGCCACCCAGUAUAGAUUAGGUUGUUAUGCUAUUGCUCUUUCAUGCAUAGUAGAGCAAAUGACUCAAAGUGUAGUCCUCGUUGCCCAAAGUUUCCUAUUUGUUAAACUCAAAGUUGUUAUUGAGACAAUUUACAUAGUGAGCCGUACCAUAAUUUUCGUCUACUUAGUGAUUGGAAGCCCCAAUCAAGCUAUCAAUGCGUUUUCGUGCGCGCAAGUGGCAUCAGCAAUAAUUUUAUGUUUGCUGUAUUACGGUUACUUUAUAUGGUACAUUUAUCGUUUAAAUAAUAUUAAAUCAGGGACUAGCGUUAGUACAAAAAAUUUUUCUGACAUGGACGACUUUCCCUUCACUUCAAUCACAGAAUUCUUCCCUGGAAUGAUGGAAAAUUAUGAGCGUUUUUUGAAUAGAGAUUUGUGCGUUUUGACAAUCAGUUUUGCCAAACAGUCCAUUAUUAAGCAAGUUUUGACUGAGGGAGAGCGUUAUGUGAUGACGGUGUCUCCGGUUAUGAGUUUCAGUCAACAAUCCAUGUAUGACAUUGUGAAUAAUUUGGGGAGUUUAGCGGCUAGAUUUAUUUUUCGACCGAUCGAAGAAAGCGCCUAUUUUUAUUUUACACAAAUGAUAAAAAGGGAUGAAGCUGUGGCCAAACAAAAUCAAAGAUAUAUCUCAGAAUCAGCGACUGUUUUAAGCCAACUUUGUAAUAUUGUAACUAGUAUAGGUUUGAUUGUUGUUACUUUCGGGCAAAGCUACAGUUACACGUUGUUGUAUCUUUAUGGGGGCGACAAACUAGUGGAAACUCAUCUUCCAGUUACAUUGUUGAGGUUCCACAGUUUCGCCGUAGUAUUAUUAGCUAUAAAUGGAGUAACUGAAGGUUAUGUUUUUGCAACUAUGAAUAAUAAGCAACUAGAUAGGUACAACUAUAUAAUGGUGAUAUUCUCUGUGAGUUUUCUAGUCAUAUCAUUCGUCCUUACAAAUAUACUAGGCCCAGUGGGUUUUAUUUUGGCCAAUUGUGUCAACAUGUUGGCACGAAUUAUCCAUAGUCUUAUCUACAUUUAUAAAAAAUAUCAGGGAACUACUUACAAACCCUUAUCUGGGUUAAUUCCUAGUCAAAAAUUCCUCUUGGUCCUGCUCAUAUCCGGCGUCAUCACUAAAACAUCAGAAGUUAUUGUUACAUCUAUACCUCUUCACAUUCUUAUUGGAGGGGUUUGUUUCAUAUCUACAUUAGCGGUAUGGGCAAUUGAGAAUAAAUCUAUAUUGAGGUUAGGAUAUGAUAAGUAUAAACGACGAAUGUCAACAAAAACUGAUUAACUUUACACAAUAAAUGUUAUUCUAUAAUCAA